AAAAUAACUAUUCCAAUAAUAGAGUUAUAAAACCUUAAAACUAUUUUUAUAUAUAAAUCGUGAUCCUUAAUAUUAUUCUUAUAUUAAGGAUCUCUUAUAUAUUCUUAGGCAGGUCUAUCGAAAAGCUGGGGAUCAGACGAAGAUCUUUUCAUCACUGUUUUAGCCACCAGAAGUCGACUUCAGCUGAGAGCCACGAUUGCUGCCUAUGAAAGAAUAGCUGGCCACAUUAUGGAAGAAGCCAUUAAAUCUGAAUUUGGUGGAAACAUCAGACACGCUCUAUUGGCAAUAAUUGAAUGCAUAGACAACAAAGCAGCAUUUUUUGCCAAGCAGCUGUAUCAAGCUUUAAAUAACCCAGGAACAGAUGACAGAACAAUAAUUAGAAUUUUUGUAUCUAGAUCAGAAGUGGACCUGGCAGAUAUUCAAGAAUGGUAUCAUAUGAAGUACAAUGAAGAUCUGAGUGAAGCUAUUUAUGCUGAUACAAGUGGAGAUUACCGAAAAAUAUUGCUCAGAAUUUUAAAUCCAUAGAAAUAUAUAUAAAAAACGUUUCGUUAUUCACGCUAUUGUUCACAAUAUUUUAUUCGUAUUCAUAUGAAUGAAUAUAACUUUAAGUGGGAGAUAAAAUAUUUAUUUUUAA